AGCUACCCCCAGAUCUACCCCAGAGCUACCCUCAGAGCUACCCCCAUGACUACCCUCAGAGCUACCCCCAGAUCUACCCCAGAGCUACCCUCAGAGCUACCCCCAGAUCUACCCUCAGAGAUACCCCAGAUCUACCCCAGAGCUACCCUCAGAUUCUACCCAGAGCUACCCCCAGAUCUACCCCAGAUCUACCCCCAGCUACCCUCAGAUCUACCCCAGAGCUACCCCAGAUCUACCCCCAGAUCUACCCCAGAGCUACCUCCAGAUCUACCUCAGAGCUACCCCAGACUACCCCAGAGCUACCCUCAGGCCCCCGAUCUACCUCAAGCUACCCCAGACACCAGAAGCUACCUCAGAUCUACCCCAGGUCUACCCUCAGAUCUACCCUCAGAUCUACCCCCAGAGCUACCCCCAGAUCACCCCCAGAGCUACCCCAGAUCUACCCCCAGAGCUACCUCAGAUCUACCCCCAGAUCUACCCCAGGUCUACCCUCAGAUCUACCCCAGAUCUACCCCCAGAGCUACCCCAGAUCUACCCCCAGAGCUACCCCAGAUCUACCCCAGAGCUACCCUCAGAUCACCCAGAUCUACCCCACUUACCCUCAGAUCUACCCCAGGUCUACCCCAGAGCUACCCCCAGAUCUACCCCCAGAGCUACCCCCAGAUCUACCCCCAGAGCUACCCCAGGUCUACCCUCAGAUUUACCCCCAGAGCUACCCUCAGAUCUACCCCCAGAUCUACCUCAGAUCUACCCCCAUAUCUACCCUCAGAUCCACCCUCAGAACAGAAAACACUUUUUAA